GGCGGCCGAGUGGGGAGGCUCAGCACGCCGAGCCGGGAGCCGCUGGACCAGCCGGAGCAGGAGCGGGCUGUCCCCGGGAGAUGGUGCACUGCCUCAGUUCUGUGAAGAGCUUCCACACCAUUCCGAAGUCAGUGUACAUUAUCCAAGACUAAGCAAAGGACUGAAGACAUCAGCUUUUUCCUGCUAACACAUCUCACUCCCAGUGAAGAGAUUUCUAAUGUGCUGAAGAUUCCUAGACUUUGGGGGAGCAAAAUCUCUACCUCAUAUUUUAUGAAUACUUUUAGCCAUGGCUGUGGAACUUUGUUUACUGCUGUUGUUGCUUUGUGGAAGUACUGUUUCAGAGGUGCAGCCUUUACACAAACCACCUCCUGGAACUUUGGAUUUUGGGUUUGUGCCAGCAAAGACAUAUGAUACAAAUGCAUAUCAUGAACCUGGACCAAUAGGAAUUUUGUUUAGACUAGUCCAUUCUUUCCUUUAUUUAGUGCAACCAAAUUCUUUUCCACAAGAUCUCAUCAAAAAGCUAACACAGCAGAAGUUUGGAAAUGUGCAGGGCGAUUAUCAAAAGCCAGAAAAUGUUGUCCUGACUCUUCAGGCAAUCUACUAUGAAAUCGGCUUUAUAGUGCCUGCUGCUUUGGGAUUGCUAUUUGUUCUGUUACUGCCUCUUGUGGGACUGUGCUUCUGUAUGUGUCGUUGCUGUGACAACUGUGGUGGGGAAAUGCACCAAAGACAGAAGAAAAAUGCUGACUGUCGGAGAGGCUGCUUUGCAACAUUUCUUUUUGUUGCUUCUUUAAUUAUCAGUAUUGGUGUCCUUUGUGCUUAUGCUGCCAACCAGCACUUAACAAGUCAAGUCCGGGGAGCAAAGAACCUGGUGCACAGUAAUUUUAAAGACCUGAGAAUUUUCCUCAAUAACACUCCAGGGCAAAUUGACUACUUGGUGAGCCAAUAUAACACUACCAAGAACAAAGCACUCUCCGACCUUAAUAAUGUUGGGCCAUUGCUUGGCAGCAGAGUUCAGGAGCGGUUCGCGAAAGAAGUGCGUCCUGCACUCGAUGCAGCUCUAACAAUGGCAGGAGCAAUCAGAGAAACAAAGGAGGCAUUGGAAAAUGUAAGCGUCUCUGUGGAGGUUUUGCAGGAAGGUACUGAAAGGCUGCAUUCUAACCUGACCAAUGUUAAAAUACACCUGAGCAACACACUCAGUGACUCUGCAUGCUCUGCUGCUCAAGCUGCUUCAACUUGCAACAUUAUCAGAAAUUCAUUAAAUCAACUGAAUAUCAAUGCUAACUUCAGUGGGUUGCCAGGUGUGAGCACACAGGUUGCCAAAGUCAAUGACGUCCUUAAAAUAGACCUUUCCAGUUUGGUUCAAAAGGGCUAUGCAGCCUUUAAUGAUACUCCAGAUUUAGUGCUGAACCAAACCAGGAACAUCUUAUCAGAUAUCAAAAAUUUGUUGGACUUCAUUGGUUCAAAUAUCACUAGCUUCACUAAAAUGCUUCCUGUUCAGAAGGUUCUAGCUGAUUUAACAAUAUAUCUUACUCAGAGUGAGGCAUAUGUUCAGGAUUAUUUCCCAGUAGUGGAACAGUAUGAUUUCUACAGAUGGUUGGGUUGUCUAAUUCUCUGCUGCAUGGUGAUUCUGAUCCUGGUCUUUUACUAUCUUGGACUAUUAUGUGGUACUUGUGGUUAUGAUAAACAUGCUUCUCCAACAACCAGAGGCUGUAUCUCAAACACUGGCGGCAAUUUCCUUAUGGCUGGAGUAGGAUUCAGUUUCCUUUUCUCCUGGGUGCUGAUGAUCAUAGUGGUCAUCACCUUCGUUACAGGUGGAAAUGUAGAAAAGCUGGUCUGUGAACCCUUUGAAGACAGGACUUUGUUUAAGGUUUUGGAUACUCCCUACUUACUGAAUCGACAUUGGAGAAACUACCUUUCUGCCAUCGUGCUUAAAAAUCCAGAUAUUAAUUUGACCUUUGAAAAAGUUUACAGUGACUGCAAAGAAAACAAAGGAAUUUAUACCACACUUCACCUAGAAAAUCUCUUCAAUAUCAAUGAGUUUCUAAACAUUAGUAUGUAUACAGAAGAUGUAUCACUGAAAAUUGAACAUAUUAAUGUAAAUCUUAGCAAUAUCGUUUUGCUGGAUGAAAUCGGAAAGCGGAACCUUCUGGAUUUCAGUUCUUCAGGAAUAGAUGGAAUAAACUUUGCAGCAUAUUUGACAGAGAUCAAUAAAAGUGUUACCAAAGUGGAUCUUUUGUCAUUUGCUAAUGACUUGGAAGCAAGAGCAGACCAGUUGCCCAAAGGAGCACUGGAAAAUGCAUUAAAAGGACAUGCAAACAGUAUUCGAAUGAUUCAUAACCAACAAGUUGUUCCACUGGAGCAAGCUAUGAAAUAUGUAAAAGCUAGGAGCACUUUAAAUCAGAGCAUUAGAUUACUGCAGAGGACAUCAUCUGAAUUUAUGGUAAAAGUAAGAAAUGUGCUUAGUGCUGUUGAUGCUGCUCAGUUUCUCAUAAGCAACGAUGCGUCACUGGUUAUCAUCCAGGAAACCAAAAAGUACAUGGAUAUGAUAAUAGGCUACUUCGAGCAAUAUGUUGAGUGGGUCAAGGAGUCGAUUACCAUGGAGGUAGCCGCAUGCAAGCCUAUUGCCAACGUGAUAGACACUGCAGUAGAUAUAUUUUUAUGCAGCUAUGUAAUUGAUUCUGUGAAUACCUUCUGGUUUGGUUUGGGAGGCUGUUCAAUAUUUUUAAUUCCUGCAAUAAUUUGUGCUAUAAAACUAUCCAAAUACUAUCGUAGAAUGGAUACAGAGGAUGUGUAUGAUGAUGUUGAAACUAUACCCAUGAAAAAUAUGGAAAAUGGUAAUAAUGGUUAUCAUAAAGAGCAUUUAUAUGGUAUACACAAUCCUGUUAUGACAAGGUAAACCAAGUCUGAAACUGCAUGCCUUCACGUUUCCUUGUUUAGCGUACUAUGCUAAUUAGCUAUCCAAUUUUCUGCAUGUUUUAAAGUGAAUAGUGUGGAAGCAGAGAGUUAUUCUCCGACAAUAGUUUAAUUUUCUAUUUGCUUUUUGCAUGGUUGCUCACUAUAACAAGUACUGUAUGUUUAAUUUUUUUGAAUAUGCCUACAUAGCCAUAGAUAUUGUAAUAGUAUCCAAUCAUUUAACUAUGGAAUUUUGUAAGCUUAAAAGCCACAUAAUUCCAUAUUACUUCUCUGAUAUGGUGGCCCUAAAAUGGUAAAGUUAUUAAAGUACUCUGUAUAGAAAUUAAAAGGCUGUGGGGUGCAUGUUCACUUUUUCCUGGUUUUUUUUUCCUUCAUGCUUAUAAAAAGGUCUGUAGGACCAAUUAUAAAUUGAUACCUAAUAAAUGCCACUUUGACUGUAACCUGGGGCAUUAAUAGAUGAUUCCUUUUUAAAUUCUAGUUUGGUUUUUAGAAUUUUUUUCAUGCGAAUGCAUAGAAGUAGGCUACAUAGAACAAGCAGGACUAGAGAUUUGAAAGAUAAGAAACAAAAAAAUCUCAUAUUUUACAAAAGCAAUGAGUAGCUACAGUAACCUCUCAAAUUAACGUAAUGUUUAAUUGCUCCAACCUGUGCCUUUGGUGCAGCUCUUUAAACAUCUGAAGAAAGGCAAAGUUUGCUAUGUGCAGGCUGCAAGUGGGCCAGGGGGAUGGAAGGGGUAGCGGGGAAGAUGGAUGUUACUGCACCUCUGAAAUUAGUCUAAUCCUAUAUGACCAAAUAGUUAAGUCACAAGUCUGGAAGAUGGGAGUUGCGUGGUCUUCUCCUGUCUCUGCGGCUCACUUGCUAUGAGACACUGGCAAGUCACUUAACCUCAGUGCCUUGGAUUCCCAUUCCAUAAACCUGGGAUGAUGCAAUCCACCUCACAGGACUGUAGUGAGAUUUCAGUAGGCUUUGUAACAUACUUCUGAGUUCCUUGAAUGAGAAGCUAUAUAAAUAAUUCACAAAGAUAAGGAAUAGUGAGCCACAUAACUUUUUUUUUUAUAUAGAACACAUUUAGAUUGAAUGUUUGGUAGAGAAUUAAUUUUUAUUGCUCUCUGGGUCAUGGAUGGGGUGUUCUAUGUUGAUGGGGCUUGAAGUCGAAAUUUUUGACAGCCCUCAGGGCCGUAUCAGUUGAGUAAAAGUCUAUUUUGCAUUGAUUAUUUUAUUAACCAAGUAUCUUCCCUAUGCUUCCUUUAGGAGGAAGUAUUUCAUAACAGUGGUAUUAGUUAGGGUGACCAGAUAGCAACUGUGAAAAAUCAGGACGGGGUGGGGGCUAA